AUGGUUCAAGUCCGUAUUGCCACAUCGAAUAAUACAAAUCUGAACACGACUAAAUUUCGAAAGCGGGAGAUUAUAAUGCUAAGUGUCAAGUCUUCGAUGUCUUCAUGGAUGCAUAAGUUUAAGCUAAAUUUGAGAAAGGCAGCGGCGGAGGUGUUAUCGGACUCAAGUGAUAGUGAAUAUGGUAAGUCCACGGUUGAAGCUUUUUUUGAUGGUGAUACGGAGGUGCCCGUCGAGAGAGCUUCAGAAGUUGAGGCCGAUGGGGAGGAGAACAGUCAUGCCACUACCCUUACUUGUACUUUAAGAUCGGACAGAGAGGCAGCUAUCGGGGCUGCAGCAAGUACAGACCCAGACCGGCCAUUAAGCUUUACAUUUCUAAACUUUGAUCCAUCUGUAGCUUGCGACGUAUCACGAAGCCAAUCUGACGAGCCGUUCAUAGAUGGGCCUACCAUUUGGAAGGCUAGAAGGCAACUCUGGACCGCGAAAACAGAACAAAAUACCAUUAAAGAAGCAUCUGAACAUAGAGCUAAUUUUCAAAAAAUCAGGCCUCAGUAUUACACUCGUAUUUAUAGAAAGCUAGUCAUAGAAGGCAAGUCCUUGAGCCAACCUGUCAACUUGCAGGAUGUGAUGAAGAUUUUAGAUUGUGGCUGGAUAGAAACGAAUAAAUGGGAACGAGCAGCAAAAGGACUCGGUUAG